AUGGGUGAAUGCAGUAGGAGUCCAGUAGGAAUAGGUGAUGUGCAAACACAACUCAAGAAUGUCCAAGCCAAGAAGUCUCAUGGUUCCACCAAAAUCAAGGGCCAUAUCCUGACACUUCCUGAAAUGAGAGUGGUGUUCAAUGUGGAAGAAAAGGAAAGACAGGAAAGGGAACACAUUGAGAGGGAGAAGGAAGCGCAAAAAGCAGUGGAUACUCUCUCUCAGAGUGCGCAGGUUGCUCAAGAUAUCGUUUUCAAAGUUUUUGACAAGCUGCUGACCACUUAUAAAAAAAGGGAUGAUGUUGAUAGCCUUAUUGUAUCAAGAGGGUCGUCACUGUGCUGCAGUCUUAACACCUGUCACCAAUUCAGCCGAAACUUCUCAACUGCUACAAAUAAUCACAAGACCUACACACAUACUCUUGUGCAGUCUGACCAAAAUAAACAGAAAGUGUCUAAAAAUAGAAAAAUAACAAUCAAGGAAAAGGGUUGUGGAAGUGCAGAGUGUUCUACUCACAAAUGCAAAAGUCAGGGACGACUUGUUGGAUUGGAUGACAUCAUCUCCAGCAUCUUCACUGUAAACGGUCUCAAGGGGACCAAACUGAGCUUUAGAACUGGACAGUAG